CCAACUUUUGGCCCUCCAACCACCGACUUUCGAGGCAGGAUCACCAUCUCGAAGCGGCUGUUUCCAUCAUGAUUCCCGUCCAAUCCCCCGACAUCGCUCGGGUUUCUCUCCACCGGCGAAUCCCCGUCGAAUGGCACCUGUACGUCGCUCCGUUUCUGGCCCUCUACCCUGUCUGGGCGUACGCCUACUUCGUCAAGUACGAUACAUGGAUCAAGUCGGAGGAGUGGUCGUUCAUCUACACCGUCUCCCUCAUUGCCGGUCAUGCGCUCAGUUUUCUGGUGACGAGGUGGAGCAUCGGCGCUAAGGCACUCAUCACCUGCGUGUCGGCCAAGUCGUUGGCAGAAGCUCAAGUCGUGAGAAUUAUCCCUCACCCACACAAGGGAGAGGGUGAGAUUGUGCCGCUCAGCAGGAUUGCAAGGCCUGGUAUGCCCGUCGAAGUAUCUUUCCUCUACCAGGCCGACAAGUACAUCCUCACUCAGCCCGAUCCGUCGGCUUCGGUGACGUCUGUUCUCGUCUCGCCCCUUGUAUCGGAACCAACCUUCAGGCGCCUCCCGUACCCUGUCGAUGCUGGUCCAAAUCUCGGAGAGAUGCAAGCCUCAAAGGGCCUCAGCAGCCAGAAAGAUGUCGAUGUGGCGCUCGGCACAUUUGGCCCUAAUAACUUCGACAUUCCCAAGCCCACUUUCGUCGACCUCUUCAUCGAGCAUGCCGUCGCCCCUUUCUUCGUCUUUCAGAUCUUCUGCGUUGGCCUUUGGAUGCUUGACGAGUACUGGUACUACAGUCUGUUCACCCUCUUCAUGCUCAUCGUCUUCGAGUGCACUGUCGUUUUCCAGCGGCUGAGGACCCUCAACGAAUUCCGCACAAUGUCGAUCCAACCAUUUCAGAUCAAUGUCUAUCGGGCGGGGAAGUGGACAGAGGUCUCCACGACUGCUCUGCUCCCUGGCGACCUCGUCUCAGUCACGCGAUCAAAGGAAGACUCAGCGGCCCCUUGUGAUAUUCUCCUCCUAUCGGGCAGCACCAUCGUCAACGAGGCUAUGCUUAGCGGCGAAUCGACUCCUCUCCUGAAGGAAAGCAUUGAUCUUCGCGAUGCCAGCGACAAGCUCGACGUCAACGGGGUGGACCGGAACAACGUCGUAUUUGGCGGCACAAAGAUCCUUCAAACGACCACAUCGGAGGGUGGCCACCAUGGCAUCAAGUCACCUGAUGGGGGUGCGUUGGGCACAGUCCUUCGCACGGGCUUUGGCACUUCGCAAGGCCAGCUCAUCCGCCUCAUGGUUUUCACCAAUGAAGGUCGGGUUACUGCCAACAACCUCGAGAGCUUCCUCUUCAUCGCUUUCCUCCUCGUCUUUGCCAUCGCUGCGAGCUGGUAUGUUUGGACAAGAGGUUUGGACAUGGGAAGACCAAAGGGAAAGCUGCUCCUCGACUGCAUCCUCAUCAUCACGUCUGUCGUGCCUCCAGAGCUGCCUAUGGAGCUUUCGAUGGCCGUCAAUGCAUCCUUGAUGGCCCUGGCGAAGCACGCCAUCUUCUGCACCGAGCCGUUCCGGAUUCCCUAUGCAGGCCGUGUCGACGUCUGCUGCUUUGACAAGACAGGCACAAUCACGGGAGAGGACUUGGUGGUGCAGGGCGUCGCACAGAUCGGUGCCAGGGAGCCCCAACAUCUUCUGGACCUCAAGGCGGUCUCCCUCGAGACGACCCUCACCCUCGCUUCUGCUCACGCCCUUGUUCUCCUUGAGGACGGUUUGGUCGGCGACCCGAUGGAAAAGACGACGCUGGACGCGCUUGCUUGGAAGCUAGAAAAGGGCGAUAUGCUGAUGCCGGCCGACGUCCAGCAAGCCAAGCACAAGGCCCUCAUCUCGGUCAAGCGUCGAUUCCAAUUUUCUUCUGCUCUCAAACGCAUGUCCACGAUCAACACUAUCGUCAACAGCCCUCUGGGAAGCAAGCGCACAUUGGCUUCCGUCAAGGGUGCUCCAGAGACGCUUCGAUCAAUGUACCGAAAGCUUCCCAACGACUACGACGAGACGUUCAAGACUUUCACCCGCCGUGGAAGCCGAGUCUUGGCGCUUGGAUACAAGCUGAUGGACAACGUCCAGUCGACCAAUGACAUCAACGCCGUCACGAGAGAUCAAGUCGAGCGUGAUCUUGAGUUUGCCGGAUUCUUGAUCUUCCACUGCCCUCUCAAGCCCGAUGCCGUCUCCACCCUGCGCCAGCUCAACGACUCUUCGCACCGAUGUAUCAUGAUCACCGGUGACAACCCUCUCACUGCCAUCCACAUUGCCAACGAGGUAGAGAUUGUCGAUCGUGAGACACUGAUCCUGGACGUUCGGGAAGGCGCCACUAGCGACCAGGAGCUCUCUUGGCGAUCUGCUGACGAAAAGAAGAUCAUCAACGUCAACGCGUCCGACAGCAUCGACGAGAAGCUCUUUGAGACGUACGAUGUAUGCAUGACGGGCGCAGCCCUCAAGCAGUAUGCUGGGCAGCCAGAGAAGUGGAACAUCCUCGUUCAAAAUACCUGGGUGUAUGCGCGCGUGAGCCCAGCCCAGAAGGAAUUCGUCCUCAAUACGCUCAAGCAGCUUGGCUACGUCACGCUCAUGGCUGGCGACGGCACCAACGACGUGGGUGCCCUCAAGGCGGCAAACAUUGGUGUGGCCCUCCUCGAUGGAUCGCCAGAGGACCUGAAGAAGAUCGCCGAACACCAGCGUCUGGAACGAAUGAAGAAGGUCUAUGAGCAACAGCUUAGUCUCACCUCUCGCUGGGGCCAGCCACCACCCGUUGUGCCCCCGAUGCUCAAAGAGGCUUAUCCUGAUCUGGAAAAGGCGCGAGAAGAGGCAAUCGGCAAGAUGAAGACACAAAAGCUUGCGAACCCAAAGGCGAGCUUCGACCUUUCUUCAAUCACCUCGCAGAUGGCCGACAUGGACACCGACGACGGACCGCCGCAGAUCAAGCUGGGAGAUGCCAGCGUCGCUGCACCCUUCACCUCGAAGUUGUCCAAUGUCUCUGCCAUCACGCAGAUCAUCCGCCAGGGUCGCUGCAGCCUGGUGGCGACGAUUCAAAUGUACAAGAUCUUGGGUCUGAACUGCUUGAUCCAAGCCUACUCGCUCUCGGUCCUCUACCUCGAUGGUAUCAAGUUUGGCGACUACCAGGUGACGAUCUCGGGCAUGCUUAUGAGCGUGUGCUUCCUCUUUAUCUCUCGAGCGCAACCAAAGGAAAAGCUGUCGAAGGAACGGCCGUUGGCCAACAUCUUCAAUCUCUACCUCGUCCUCUCGCUGCUGCUCCAGUUUGCGCUGCACAUUGCCAGCAUGCGCUACAUCACCAAUCUGACGCCCCUCUACGAGAAACCCGAGGAGGUUGUAGACCUCGAGGCCAAGUUCACGCCCUCACUGCUCAACUCGGCCGUCUUCCUCAUCGGCCUCAGUCAGCAGGUCAACACAUUCUCGGUCAAUUACGUCGGCGAACCAUUCCGCGAGCGCAUGUCUGCCAACCCAGCUUUGUACUAUGGUCUGCUGGCAUGCUUUGGCGUCGCCUUUGCCGGUGCCACGGAGUUCAUCCCCGAGCUCAACGCUUGGUUGCAGCUCACGCCGCUCCCUGCGCCCUACCAGAUCCGGCUCGUGGCGGCCAUGGCCAUUGAUUUCGUGGGUUGCUACAUCAUCGAGCACGGCACAAAGUGGCUCUUUGCGGACUUGAAGCCGAGAGCACUCAUCGUCAAAGGAAGCGAGCGAAGAGAGGCUCGGAGAAAAGCGUUGGCCAACAACCUCCAGUACCUCGCUCAGACGGCAGCCAAUGUCGGACAAAAUCAGGCCAGCAAUGGCGCAAAGAAGUAGAGAAGCCUACCUUGUAAGGGUACGAGGGGAGGACAUCAUCUGUGUGGAAUAUCAUUUCAUUCUUCUUCGUCAUGACGCAACGCCCUGCCUAAUAGAGAUUAU